AUGGCAUCCUCCUCAAGUGCUCCCACCUCGUCUGCCUCAAUAGUACAGGCUGCAACAAGCUCAUCUGACCUUGAAAUUACCCAUUCCAUCCCACUUAUCAUAGUUCACCCACUACCUAAGAUUGUUGAUGUACCUUCAAAUAAUCCACUCCCUCCUCUUGCUACCACUGCUGCCACUGAAGCUGAACCAAGCACCUUGCCAAAAGAAAACCCUCCUAAGACCAAAAGGAAGAGCGUAGCCAAGACAAUUAUAGUCUUAACUGAUGAUGAAUCAUCAAACGAGCCUAACCCUCCUCCCAAACAAAGGAAACAUACUCCAAAAAGGAGGAAACCCACUACAAAGUCCUCUACCGAAAAAUCAUCUGCAAAGGCUUUAUCUACAAAGAAUCCACCAACUGAGAAACAAAACCCACAAGGACAGGCUUUUGAACCUAAGAAGAGGAAGGCUCUUGCAAAGAAGACUAUACCCAAAGCCUUUAAGAAAAAAGAAUAG